CCCUUGUCUUCCUCUCCCCCGGGCACCUGCACGCGCCCGCCCUAGCGCCAGGCCCCGCAGCAGCAGGGAACAGAGUCUCAGAAAGUUAAUAAGCUAUGGAACACGAGUUUACUCCGCUGGAAUGUCUCCUUCCCACUGGAAACCUGACAUUUUGCCUUUUGAUUCUUAAUCAGCCUUUGGACAAAGGUUACUUUCAUUCUCUGUGGAGCAAAGCUGUUCUAAGAGCUUGCGCUGAUGGAGGUGCUAAUCACCUGUAUGAUAUCACAGAAGGAAAUCAUGAGAGCUUCUUGCCUGAUUACAUCAGCGGUGACUUUGAUUCCAUUAGGUCUGAAGUCAAGGAAUACUACAAGGUCAAGGGGUGUGAGUUGAUAGAGACACCGGAUCAAGACUUCACUGACUUCACCAAGUGCCUUCAGAUACUUCAGAAAAAGAUAGAAGAAAAAGGUCUCCAGAUUGAUAUGAUUGUGACGUUGGGUGGACUUGGAGGACGCUUUGACCAAAUCAUGGCAUCAGUGGAGACUCUCUUUCAUGCAACUAAUAUCACUCCCACUCCAGUUAUAGUUAUUCAAGAGUGCUCCCUCAUUUGCCUACUUCAAUCUGGAAAGCACAAACUGUAUGUAAACACAGGACUUGAAAGCGAGUGGUGUGGCCUCAUUCCAGUUGGGAACCCUUGUGACAACGUUACUACAACAGGCCUAAAAUGGAACCUCACUAACCAUGUGCUAAAGUUUGGAACACUUGUCAGCACUUCAAAUACCUAUGACGACUCUGAAGUUGUGACCAUAGAAACAGAUAAACCGUUGCUGUGGACAAUGGGUAUCAAAAAUAAGCAAAAUGCUUAAGAUGAUAACUGCCUUUCUUUCAGCUGACCAAAGACUUUCAACUUAUUGGAAAAUUUCACUCAUUAACAGAAACAGAAUUACUGUGCCAGCAGUAAAAAAAAAACAAACAAAUUUUUGGAGGAGCAGAGGGAAAGGAAAGACAAUGGAGAUCAACUGGUCAAGCAAAAAAUCUUUAGGCGGAUAGUGACAA